UACGACACCCAUUUCUCCCUGGCCCUCCCCUUUGUUUAAUUCUUCACACCAAGGGUAUUGAUUUUCUUCCUCUUUCGGCUCCGAUUUGAAACCACCACAACCACCUUCAACAAUGAGUACGGUGACUCUUUCACCUGCUUCAACUACAGCACCCGGAAAUCCAUCGGUUUUCUAUCGGAAUAGGAGAACAACGACGACGGCGACGGCGACUAGAUGUCGGAGAAGAGUCAGAGUGAAACCCUUACGUGCUGCUCUGGUUGAAGAAGCUAGACCUCGUUCUCUACCUCCAAUUAGAGGUAAUAACAAUAUCAAUGGUGCCGUAUCAGAAGCCAACAUCUCCAUAGUUCCUUCCUCCAGAAUCAGAACAGAUGACAUUCAAGCCGAAUCGAAGGCGUUGGCGCGUGCUGCCAACGCUUCCGUCUACAGCCCUGAACUUCUUAAAAUCAAAUAUGCUUCUCGUCCAUUCAAGGUGCUACGGAGGACUUUCGAAAUCCUUGUUGGGUUGGGUUCAUUUGGAGUGAAACUGUGGAUAGACCAGUUACAAGGUCAGCUGGAACAGAACCGAAGAUCGCGUGCUAUUGAGUUGAGGGAGACUUUCACGAGGCUUGGUCCUACUUUCGUUAAACUUGGUCAGGGACUCUCCACCAGACCCGAUCUUUGCCCACCAGAAUUCCUUGAGGAGCUCUCUGAACUCCAGGAUGCUUUGCCAACAUUUCCAGAUGCUGAGGCAUUUGCAUGCAUUGAAAAAGAGCUGGGGAUUCCACUUGAUUCCAUCUACUCAUCGAUAUCAACAUCUCCAAUUGCUGCAGCUAGUCUGGGUCAAGUUUAUAAAGCCCAGCUGAAGUAUUCCGGGCAACUUGUUGCUGUGAAAGUGCAGAGGCCUGGUAUUGAGGAAGCUAUUGGACUAGAUUUUUACCUGAUAAGGGGUCUAGGUUUCCUUAUCAAUAAAUAUGUAGACAUAAUUAGCAGUGACGUUGUUGCUUUAAUCGACGAAUUCGCACGAAGAGUUUAUCAAGAGCUGAACUACGUACAGGAGGGGCAGAAUGCUAGAAGAUUUAAGAAGUUGUAUGCCGACAAAGAAGAUGUACUAGUUCCGGACAUUUUCUGGGAUUACACCAGUGGGAAGGUCCUGACAAUGGAAUGGGUUGAAGGCGUUAAACUAAACGAGCAGGCAAUAAUUGAAGGUCAAGGAUUAAAAGUUUUGGAUCUGGUAAACACAGGUAUUCAGUGUAGCCUUAGGCAGCUACUCGAGUACGGUUACUUCCACGCAGAUCCUCACCCUGGGAAUCUAUUAGCAACACCCGAAGGAAAGCUUGCUUUUCUUGAUUUUGGAAUGAUGAGUGAGACACCUGAAGAGGCAAGGUUUGCUAUCAUUGGUCAUGUUGUCCAUAUGGUUAAUCGGGAUUAUGAAGCUAUGGCUCGUGAUUAUUAUGCUUUAGAUUUUUUAUCUCCUGAUGUGGAUGUAUCCCCGAUUGUACCAGCACUUAGAAACUUUUUUGAUGAUGCGUUAAAUUCUACAGUGAGUGAGCUUAAUUUCAAGACUAUUGUGGAUGGCCUCGGUGCUGUUCUUUAUCAGUAUCCAUUUAAUGUGCCGGCUUACUAUGCAUUGAUAUUGAGGUCACUUACUGUUCUAGAAGGUUUAGCGCUGUAUGCCGAUCCUAAUUUUAAGGUUCUAGCUGCUUCGUAUCCAUAUUUUGCCAAAAGGCUGCUCACUGAUCCGAAUCCAUACCUAAGAGACGCACUUAUUGAGUUACUAUUCAAGGAUGGAAAGUUCAGGUGGAACAGACUUGAAAACCUGCUCGAGCAGGGAAAAAUGGAUCGAGAUUUCUCAGCAAAAGAUGCAUUACAACCUGUUUUGAAACUAUUAUUGGAUCCAGAAGGUGAGGAACUGAGGACGUUAGUUAUCAAAGAGGCUAUUCGGGUAACUGAAGCAAUCACUGUUGGCACUUUGGUUGAUACAUACAAUUCCAUUCCUGGCCCUUUGAGGACAUUUCUUCCCAACGGAAAUGGAAUUGGUACAUCUUUGACUGAUGCUGAGAUGGAGAGCAUGAUGGAGCUUAGACAACGAGUUUUAAGGAUAUGGGGACUUCUACGGACCUCAGAUAGUCUUGAUCCUACUAUCCUACAACCAAUUGUACAGGUCCUUCAAGAACCGGAGGCACGAAAUCUUGGGGGCCGUGUAUUUGGUGGAAUUACACAGCGUUUUGCUGCACGUCUGCUGCAACAAGUUCUUCGCUCACCCACAACAGUUCGUGCACCACCUUUAUAGUAUAUUUAACAACAUAACUAAAUCUGGGCAAUGCUAUGAUCCGAUCACAUUCUUUCAACGUGUAUAAUAGAAAUGACAAAAGAGAGUUCAUCGCUUGUAAAGUCGGACGUUAUGGAAACAUGAAACCCUUCAUACAAAGAAGUUAUCCCUUAUAUGAC